AUGUGCCCGCAUUGUUCCCCUCCUGGUGCCCUACGGCAGAUUUCCAAGGUUUGCUCAAUUCCCAGGGUCUCCCUCUCAUACUCGUCAUCCAAAUGGACGACGAAUACACUGGUAUCGACCCGGACUCUCUACGUGUCGCGACGAGACGACACACACACGCUCUCACACACACAUAAAUGUACACAGGUACACAAAUACCAAUCGUUUCCUGGAGCACAUCAUUCACCAGACGACGAAGACCCCCGUCCCAGCCGGCCCCAGCCAGUGUCGUCGAAUAAGGCUGCAGGAUUCCCAUCGCGGAGCUCCAUUCUUGGACCUGGUUCCCCGUCUUGCCCUGCUGGGCGUGGCACGCUACAUGCGCGUACCGUCAGGAACGUUACGGUGUACACUACUUUGGCCUGA